AUGGCGGGUCGGUCUGCCGUCGUGGCGGCGCUAGUUCUUCUCAUCAUGGGCGUCGAGGUGAUGAGAGGAGAAAGCAGAAGACUCAAGAAAGAAAAUGCCAUUGUAGUACAAGGGACUGAUGACCCCUGCGAAUGGUGGGACGCGGUCACGGGGAACGAUGAGGACGGCAGUAUUCUGACGACCUUCUUCCACAAGCGCUAUGGGAUCGCAUUGCAACUUUAUCAUGGAUCGGUCGAACAGUUUAUGGCUUUCCGCUUCAUUCCAAACUGGGCCUGGGUCAGCAAAACAUCUAAUGGCAGGGCGAAAGCACAAAUCAUGUACGGUGGGGGAGAGUUCGAGGAAGUUGAUUAUUGGUUUGCUGGUCGUCACUUGGAGGAGCUCAGUAGAGCAAGUGGUGCGAAAUCGAUGCUUCCGGAUGAGAUGUUGCUGGGAAUGUGGAAGGGUGAGAGGGCAGGACGUGCGAUGGUGUUCCAGCACAAAUCGAUCUUGCUGAACGAGCAGGAUGAUACGUUCAGCGAGCCGAAGCAGCUCUUCCUUGUUGAGAACGGAUUUAUCUACAACGGGGGCUCAGGGAUCUCAAUUUCGGUCCUAUAUGAUGACGAUGGGAACUUGAUUCCACUACGAGGUGUCGACAACUUGUACCAUAUGGACAGUCAUUACGUGUAUAAAAGUGCAGAGUUACGACAACAGAUCAUUCCUGAACUCAUCGGCAUCACGCCGAAGCAGUGCAGAGACUCAUACCAGCUACUCUGCGAUGAGGUCAAGAAGUUAGCAGUGAAGCUGAGAGCGCAGAAUCCGUUUGCAAGGUUUUUCUGUCCUCAGAACUAUCGAUACAAGGGGAAGAAAGAGGGAUGGGUGUGGGUGGGAAAGGGGAGCGGAAACAUGUUGGAUGGAAGCAAACCAUAUGGAGAAUGA